CGCCUGCGCGCACCGACAUGUCCGCGCCAGCGUGGCACUUCCGCAGGCCCUCCCUAUAAGACCAGUCUAAUCUGCCACCACCUCUCCCCAGGUCGAAGCCGUCGUAUCAAGUUGUCUGCUCUCGUAGCAAACCCUCGCAUCCGCAACCAAGCUAGCACUUGAAAUCUGACCGUCUUCGCGAUGUCGAGCCCCAUUGCCAUCCCCCGCACCGCAUCCUCCUCGUCCCUCUCCUCUUCGGGAAGCCACUCCGGUGUCUACGUCCCGGUCCACAAGCGGCGCGACAUCAAUGCCUCACCCGCCUCGCCCACGUCGCGGUCGAUUUCCCCGACGCCGUCUGGCACGUCAGAGUCCUGGCGCGAGCACAAGCCCUCUAAGGCGCCGACCGCUGCCUUCCGCAGCAAGAGGCAGCACAGGAAGACCCCUUCCAAUGCGUCUGUCCCAGAUCAUCCACAUGACAACAACAACGGCAGCAACAGCAUUGCCGAUAUACCCAAGCAAUCAACGAUACCCAAGCGCACUCCGCUUCCCAACACGUACUCUAUCCACACCCUUCUCAGCCUGUCCUCGGCCCCUGCGGAACUCGCCCCCGAGAAGCUCGCAUCGCUGCGCGACCUCACGACCUACACCGUUACUGCGCAGGCAGACAAGCCCGCUCAGCGCCGCCGCCGCACCGGCCGCCAGGGCAAGAAGACACCACAGCUCCCCGCCGUCGUACUCCAGACGGCGGACGUCGAGGUGCGGCGGAAGCGCAACGGCCACGGUCACGGCGCCUGGGGCUGGCACACGUACACGUCCGUCGAAGCGGUCCAGACCCACCAACACGACCUUGAGACGGACUGGCGGCACGCGCCGCACGCCGUCUUCGGCGUCAUCGCCUAGUCAUCACUGGCUUUCGCAAGGAUCAUGAGCUGGAAUGGGUUAGUAACGGAGAAGGGGGUGUGGAGAUGCAAACGCUUUCGACAUGAAUGACAUGACUCGACGACUCAACGCUAUGUGCUGCUAAUGCUGUAUUGCUAAUUCUCACACAACACUCAAUAAUCGCUACGUGUAGCCAUAACAUU